AUGGCGACAGGAAGAGGUGACAACAACCAGAAUUCAGAAACAGGGAGUAAUGUAGACAUGCCGGCUGUGCAUGGCCUUAACAAAAACUCCCCUGUACCCGAACAAUGGACUCUACCGCACGAGUGGAACAUUGAAAAGAGAGAAAUGUUUGAGAAUUGGAAGAUGGACGUGCAAAACCAAGUGGCUAAUAUUGCUACAAAUUUGGAGAGAUCACUGAAAGAGUACCCUAACCCAGACGCAGGAAAAAAGUUUGAUUAUACAGACGAAAUUGAAAAAGCGGAAAUGGAAAAGGAAAAGAGGAUUUAUGCCAGAUUUACUGGAGACACUUUGAAUUACGGAUUGCAACGACUACCGUCACGGGCCAUUCCAGAUAAAUAUUGA